AUGGCAGCUCAGCUUUCCAAUAAAGGCUACUGGCUCUCAUCUUUCUCCGAACCGGGAAAGAUCAUUGACCUCCCCGUCCCAAAGGCGUCCAGUGGCAGUGUCGUUGUCGAGGUCCUGGCGACUCUUGUCCUUCCCUAUUUGACCCAGAUUCAUCAAGGAGGGGUUCAGCAGGCGAACCUAAUGCUACCACUGGUGCCAAAUGCAAACUGCAUUGGCCGCAUCAUCGAGGUGGGCCCUGAUGCCACCCUGUUGAAACCGGACGAUUUGGUCUGGGCAGACAGCACCAUCAUUAGUCGGGACGAUUCAACCGUUGUUAUUGUUCAAGGUCAUCUCGGUGGUCUUGGAGAACGUGGACGAACAUUGAUGCAGGGUGAAUGGCGAGAUGGCUCUUUUCAACAAUAUCAGAAGGUGCCUCUCGAGAGUUGCCAUCUUCUGAACACAAACCGGCUGAUUAAAGACUUGGGUUACAAUUUGCUUGAGCUUACGACAAUCAUCCUCUAUACUGUCGCGGGCGGAGCCAUGUUGGAGAUUGCAAAUCUCCAGGUUGGACAGACCGUCGUCAUCGGUCCGGCGACAGGCUCCUUCAGCGGUGCCGCCGUGGAGCUUGCCCUCGUCUGUGGCGCCAACGUGGUUGCCAUCGGUCGGACCAAAGAAACCCUGGCAGAACUCAAGGAGAAAUUGGGAAACCCUGAGAGAUUAAAGUAUGCAGUCAUGACAGGGGAUGUUGACUCCGACGCCGCCGCCAUUUUGAGACUAACUCCCGAUGGGAAAGGAGCCGACGUUUUCAACGACUGGACGCCGGGAUGGAUAGAGAAGCCACUCUUUCUUCAGGCUGGACUGAAAACGUUGAAGGCCUGGGGAAAGGUCGUGCUCAGUGGCGCAGCGUGGGGAUCAGCGGAUAUUCCGUACGCAGAGUCCAUUCACAAUAACUGGCAGGUGAUUGCGAGAUGGUGCUGUACACGAGCAACUCUUACCCGAGUUCUUGACUUAAUUAAUCAGGGCCAGCUCAAGAUUGGAAAGUCAACAGGUGGUGAGUUUACAACAUUUGAGCAGGUAGAGGACGUCGAGAGAGCAAAGGAGCAUGCCUCAAAGAAUGGAAGGUUUAAGCAGUAUACUGUGCUGCUUCCAAGCGGACCUAUAUAG